AUGUACCACUGUCCUUGCACUUUGCCAGAUGUUUCAACCACCAAAGGUGAGUAUGAGUUCAGGUUUCCAAACAUUGGGAACACCUGCUUCAUGAACGCCACCCUGCAGGGUCUUUACAGUGUCCCAGACUUCUGCAGUGACAUCAUGACACAGGAGGUCCUCUGGAGCCUCGAGGCAGAGACCUGUCUGCUGCUGCAGAGGAACAUCGGAGAGCUGUACAAAACACGGCAGGGUCAGUGUGCCUCUAAAGACAAGAAGCAGCUCCUCCGCUUAAUCAAGAGCAGCUUGGCUGUUUAUAAUGAGGAGUAUCACGAUCGCUCUCAGCAGGAUGCUCACGAGUUCCUGAUGCUCCUCUUCAUGGGCCUGAAGAUGGAAGGCGAGGCCAUGGCCACAUCACCAGGCUACAUUUGUCCAACGGCGAAGUUUGAGUUCAAACUUCAGUGCGUUCGCACCUGCGCCAGGUAA